AUGGCCUCGUCGUCGUCAGAUCCCCAGUUGCCCGCCAACAUUGGCUUCAUCGGCCUAGGGAAUAUGGGCUUCCCCAUGUUUUCCAACUUGGUUAGUAAAUUGCCCGCAACAUCGACGGUGCAUUUCUACGAUGUCAACCCGCGAUCGAUAGAGAUGGGCUUGAACGAGUCGGGCGCGGUGGCCCAGUUGGAUGCCUGCGGCAGUUCGAGAGAGGUCGCGGAGAAGAGUGAUCUGCUCUUGUCGAUAGUGCCCGAGGGCAAACACGUCCGGGCUGUCUUCCUAGACCCAGAAAACGGCGUGUUGGCCGCCAAAGACCUCUCGGACAAGAUCCUCAUCGACAGCAGCACCAUUGACACGGCCACGUCGCUCGAGGUCGGCGCACAGACCCGGACACGACACCCGAAGGCACACUUCUUCGACGCGCCCGUGUCGGGCGGCACGGCGGGCGCGAAACGCGGCGUCAUCACGUUCAUGGUCGGCUGUACGGCAUCGGACCCUCACUUCCCGCUGCUCAAGACGCUCAUGGCCCUGAUGGGCAAGAACAUCUACGCGUGCGGCGGCCCCUCGCUGGGCCUGACGGCCAAGCUGUGCAACAACUACCUCAGCUCGUCGAUCACGCUGCUCAACGCCGAGACGUUCAACCUGGCCAUCAAGUCCGGCAUGGACCCGCGCACGCUGCAGGAGAUCCUCAAGACCGCCACCGGCGGCAACAUCAACGCCCAGAACGCGAACCCCGUGCCGGGCCUGACGCCCAAUUCUCCCGCCUCGCAUGACUACGCCCCCGGGUUUCGCAUCGAGUAUACCCGCAAGGACAUGGCGUUGGCCCUCGACGCGUGCGACCGCGUCGGCGCCAAGCUGUGUAUCGGGCAGGCUGUCCUGGACGCGUUUGACGACGCGAGCAAGGAUCCCCGCUGUGCUGGGUUGGAUACGAAAGUCGUUUUUCGAUACUUGGGGGGCGAUGAGAAGUGGCAGGAUAAGUUUCCAGAGGGGGGGAAGUGA